GGGGCCAGGGCGGAGCCCGCGCCAGGCUCGGAGCGGGGCGGUCAUCGGCAUCAGUUCCGCAGGCUGAGUGCAAGCCCCAGCCAUGGCUCCCCGCUGCUGGCGCUGGUGGCACUGGUCGGCAUGGCCUCGGACCCGGCCGCCUCCCGCCGGGAGCACUCCGAGCUCCCGCCGGCUGCUCUCCGCGCAGGAGCAGCCCCCCCAGAUCUGUGUGGUGGGCAGUGGCCCGGCUGGCUUCUACACUGCCCAGCACCUGCUGAAGCACCACGCCCAGGCCCGCGUGGACAUCUACGAGAAGCAGCUGGUGCCCUUCGGUCUGGUGCGCUUUGGCGUGGCGCCCGACCACCCCGAGGUGAAGAACGUCACCCACACCUUCACCCAGACGGCCCGCUCUGACCGCUGCGCCUUCCACGGCAACGUGGUGGUGGGCAGGGACGUGACCGUGCCGGAGCUGCGCGAGGCCUACCACGCCGUGGUGCUGAGCUAUGGAGCGGAGGACCACCGGGCGCUGGGGAUCCCCGGCGAGGAGCUGCCGGGCGUGUUCUCGGCGCGGGCCUUUGUGGGCUGGUACAACGGGCUCCCUGAGAACCGGGAGCUGGCUCCAGACCUGAGCUGCGACACAGCCAUGAUUCUGGGGCACGGGAAUGUGGCCCUGGAUGUGGCCCGGAUCCUGCUGACCCCACCUGAGCAGCUGGAGAAAACGGACAUCACGGAGGCUUCCCUGGGGAUCCUGAGGCAGAGCCGGGUGAAGACGGUGUGGAUAGUGGGCCGGCGUGGACCCUUGCAAGUGGCUUUCACCAUUAAGGAGCUUCGAGAGAUGGUUCAGUUACCGGGAACCCGGCCCAUGUUGGAUCCUGCGGAUUUCUUGGGCCUCCAGGACAGAUUGAAGGAGAUGCCCCGCCCGCGGAAGCGGCUGACGGAGCUGCUGCUGCGAACAGCCACCGAGAAGCCGGAGCGGGAGGAGGCUGCCCGCCGGGCAGAGGCCUCCCGCGCCUGGGGCCUCCGUUUUCUCCGAAGCCCCCAGCAGGUGCUGCCCUCCCCGGACGGGCAGCGGGUGGCAGGCAUCCGCCUGGCGGUCACCAGGCUGGAGGGUGUCGGGGAGACCGCCUGGGCAGUGCCCACUGGCGACACGGAGGACCUCCCUUGUGGGCUGGUGCUGAGCAGCGUUGGGUAUAAGAGCCGCCCCAUUGACCCCAGUGUGCCCUUUGACCCCAAACUUGGGGUCAUCCCCAAUACGGAGGGCCGGGUUGUGGAUGUGCCAGGCCUCUACUGCAGCGGCUGGGUGAAGCGGGGGCCCACGGGCGUCAUCGCCACCACCAUGACCGACAGCUUCCUCACCAGCCAGGCGCUGCUGCAGGACCUGGAGGCCGGGCUGCUGCCCGCCGGCCCCAGGCCCGGCCACGCGGCCAUCGAGGCCCUGCUCAGCAGCCGAGGCGUCCGGCCCAUCUCCUUCUCGGACUGGGAGAAGCUGGAUGCCACGGAGGUGUCCCGGGGCCAGCGCACUGGGAAGCCCAGGGAGAAGCUGCUGGAUCCUCAGGAGAUGCUCCGGCUGCUGGGGCGCUGAGCCCGGACCCCAUCCCGGCGGGGAGGGGGGUGCUGCGCAGAGGAGAGGGGCCAGGUCGGUCUGAGCAGGACUCUGCACACAGCUGCGCCCCCGGCCCGCCCUGGCCCAGCGCCUUGGCGGCCUCUUCCAGGGACCAAUGAGCACGCCCUCCUGCCAGAAGGUCACCCUGGCCAGCGCGGGUUUAACUCUCGGCGAGGAGAUGGCCUCCGUUAGGGCGGGGUGCAGGUGCAGGCUGACCUCGCUCCCCCUCCCACCUCUCCUGCUGGACCGUGUGGGUCACCAGGCCCGGAAAAUGCUGAAAAUAAAACAGCUGCCACGGACAGCCAA